AUGAAGCAAUACGAGUCGCGAGCGAGGAAGAUUGCUCAGGACAGGCUGUUCAAGGAAGGAACAAGGCAUCCCUGGAUGCAGGAUGCCAGCAUUAACGACAAGGCCCCCGAGGUCAGCUCCAGAGUCCAAAUAUUCGAGUUCAAGGGCGACCACAAAGACAAAACCAAAUGGCCUGAGAGUUACGACGGCGCUCUCGAUCUAAUCCAGUUCUGGGAAGAUAACGACCAUUCGGAGGUCGUUGGAACAGAAAAUCGACGCCUCUUCAUCGUGGAGAACAUGGAUCCUCUGGUUCUAGAGCUCCUGGGUGUGAAGUUGAACAUACCGCCUGAAGUCUUUCUCGCCCAUUGUGACCCGUUUGUCAACCUCGGCGUUCUGGAUAAUCAGUGGGAAAUGAAAAGCCCAUCCACAUACUGGAGGGUUGCAGUGCCGCAGAUGCGUAGGAUUGCAAGUGGAGAAAUUCGGCCACCCGCAGGGCAUUACUAUAUUGAAUCUGGGCGCGUCGACCGUCUUGAGAUAGAAAUCACAGACACGACCCACUGGGUGACCUUCUUUGGCCAGGUCUCCUGUUGGGCCACUCGUUACGGAGAGGGGAAUAGAUCAUGGACAGCUGUGCUACUUGUGGAUCCCCACGAAAUUUGGCUUCGUCACCAGGAAACCUACAAACGAAGUCGUCUUGAUGAUUACUUUCCCAACCGGCGAACCUACGCCGAAGCUAGUAUUGAUCGAGAAAGUGGCUCAUAUUCACAUCCAUACGAAAGAUCUCUAUAUGAUGCCAUUGUUGGAGCCCAUUCUUCUUCUGGUGAGCGCACAGGUUCACUGGGUCCGGCCACUGAAGAUCCAUUCUCAGCCACCACAUUCUCUCGCAGACUCAUCCACGCUGCUUGGGCGGAUUUCCUUUGGAGGGAAGACUUUGACUUCCGUGACCUUGUCCUGGACGACGAGAUUACCCACCAUCUGUGCCAAGGAAAUAACGCUCUCAAGCCUUUGGAAAGCGGCGUGGAUGCUCGGACAGUUGAGAAGUACCAGCGACUGAUAGAGAUCAGAAAUGACGUGAAACGCUGGAAGUGGCACAUGAAUAGUAUCAUGUGGUCUUUUGGCGCUAGAGUUUCUACUUACAGCGGGAUAGUGGACAAAGAUCAUGGACUAUGGGAAAAGCUGGAAGAAAAGCUGACAAGGAUGGAAGCCGAAAUUGCCGAGCACAUGGACAUGUUUUCACAGCGUGCGACCAUGGAAGAAUCGUUUGCUGCAAAGCAGCAGGCGAGGAGUGCAGGCCAGCUCACUAUCAUUGCUACAAUCGUAGUGCCCUGCACAUUUGUUGCGUCGGUUCUUUCUAUGGGAGGAGAGUUUGCUGCAGGCCAACCUUUAUUCGGUGUCUACUGGGCCAUCACCAUUCCGGCAACCCUUGUGUUACUUGUAUGGGUUCUUUACGAAAGUAACGAGACACGCCCGAAGUUUCAGCAACUUAAGGGGCAACUCAAAUGUUUGCGCCUUAGAAGGACAAGAGCUUCUCCAGCCGACGUGGAUGAAGAGCAAGGACGGAAACAACAAUAG